AUGAACAGCCUCCUCAGUCAGGGGGAGUCGGAGGUGGCUGAGAGGACAGACGAGAGAAGAGGCAGCAAGAGCUACCAGAUCUUUCCAGAAACAAACGUGAAUGAAGAAUCUGACCCCAGCUUGUAUCCUGAAGACUUUCUCUUCAGGAGGGAGCGUCUCCCUUCCAUAGUGGUGGAGCCCACAGAGCACAGUGAGCUGACCAGCAGGGAGCACGGCUGGCCUGCUCAGUUCCAACAGGGGAACACCAUGGAGGAGGAGGAGGAGGAGGAGGACAGUAGUGCAGAGCCCUCAGGAAGCUCUGCUGACGGGGAGCAGCAGGAUAACAGCAGGUAA